ACGACUGUGAGUGUGAUCUUUAAAAGUGCUAACUUGUAUGCUAUGUAUGCUAUAGAUUGUGUGUUUGUGUUUGAGUUGUAAAUGGUUUACAUAACAGUAUAGUAAUGAUUGAGUGAAUCGACAAACAGAGACAUCACUCCUAUUGGACACCAAUUUGUAUGUCAUAUCAUUGAUCGACACAUUUGGAUGAAUGUCUCAUCACGAGGGAGUGAGCUGUGAUUCCUGUCUUAAGGGGAACUUCAGAGGUAAACGAUACAAGUGUUUAAUAUGCUUUGACUACGACCUGUGCGCCGCCUGUUUUGAAUCGCGGGUCACAUCGACCAGACAUAAGGCCGAUCACCCGAUGCAAUGUAUACUUACCCGAAGUGAUAUCGAUGUGUAUUAUGGAGGCGAAGCGGUGUCUGUUGAACAGCCGCAGGCCUAUACCUGUCCAUUCUGUGCUCGUAUGGGCUUCACUGAGGCCACACUUCAAGAACACGUGACAUCAGAACACGCCGAUUCUUCUACUGAAGUGGUGUGUCCCGUUUGUGCCGCACAUCCAGGCGGAGAAGCAAAUCAUGUGACGGAUGACUUUGCAACACAUCUUACUUUAGAACACAGAAGUCCUCGAGAAUUGGAAGAGCCACAGACAGCAAUUAGAGGCCGUCGAGCACCGCAUCCGACGCGUGGUCUUAACAGUGUCAGAGCUCGUCGCUCACAAAUGGCGUUUAGUUCCAAUUCUGGUUUAUCUUCACUUUCUCCUAACAAUAGAGAUUCAAUGGAUCCGAUAGCAGAACUGUUAUCACAAUUAUCAGGUGUACGACGUGCGGCCAAUUUGGGUCAGACGCACGCAACGCCUCAAUUACAACAAUUGCAAAUGCAGUUACAAUUAGACAGAACAUCUUCUUCGGCGCCUUUAAGACAGACCUUUGAUAGGGCACCGAUUGAAAGAGUUAUCCGUCGACAUCAACAACAGUCAUCUCAACAGCAAAUACAGUCAAAUAGUUCUCAGUCUUCGACAGCCAACACAACUCAACAGCAAUUGCCUUAUGUUGUGCUAAUGGAGCCGAAUCCUAGUCCCGCCACUUUAGCCGCGGCUGCCGCUGCUGUCAACCAAAAUAACAAUAAUGCCGGUACUCUGAACGUAACUACCGGUACGGCGACGAGUGCUAAAAGUACUAAUUCACAGUUUCUCUUAUCGAGGUGUAAUGAAAAUAUCUUCACUGAUAACGAACAACAGCUCAUUGAAGUCCAAAGAGUAGACCGAAGUCUCUUCGUUCAGGAACUCUUUCUGACAACUUUAACAGAGUCUUUGAAUUUAGAGGAAAGCCUUUCCAGUACUGGUGGCGAAGCUAUUAAUUCAUAUGAAGAGUCUGUCAAUAACACAGGCGAGUGUAUAAACGAUGAAAAUGAAGAGAGACUGAUGUUAGAUGAAGAUAACGAAAAUCAUUUACACUAUAAUUGUAAUGAAAAUGAAAAGCCAAUGGCUAUACAACUAUCUAACAGUACCCGUCGUGUGACUGCAAACGCUAAUCAGCUUCUGCAGCACCAAAGUCUUCAGCAACCGCUUAUUAAUAGAAGACUACAAAAGUCGAGACAAAUACCUGGUGCGCGAGUGAACCCUACGGCGAGUGCCGCCACUAACACCAAUACUAGCACUAGAAAUUUGAACCGAACCGGUGGAUCCACAUCUCCCAAUGCAUCCACUCGACGGAAAUUAUUGAGAGGACAGCCCUCUGAACCACCACCACAUUAAUGAACCGUUAGAUAGUUAUCGGCGCUCAAAAUAACUCCACACGAGUAAUGGUUAUUAAUUAUAAUAAUAUAUUUUAUUGAAAUCUUUUAAAUUUAGCGCUUUGUUUUGUAAAUAAUUAAUAAUUGUAUUAAUCGGUGAUUCAAAACAUAUUUGAAAAACAUUUGCUGUUAUUAUUAUUAUUAUUAAUGAGACGAAAGCUUUCUAUUUAUCGAAUCCAGGGUUUAAUUCUCGUCUUAAAUAA